CUCACCUAGGAGCUUCUCCAUUCUGUCAGCUCUCCCGGGAACAUCCAAGGCAAGACUGGCCCCAGCGCCGGGCAGGUGACGGACUGGCAACCACAGAAGGAAUUCCCGGGACCCCAUUUCUCACUUGUGUAAAGACAGCACAGAGCGCUAGCCGACAUCAGCCUUGGGAGUCAGAAAACCAGUUACGUCUGACCGCAGGAACAUGGAGCCUUUCAGCUCAAAAAGCCUGGCGCUGCAAGCGGAGAAGAAGCUGCUGAGCAAGAUGGCAGGCCGGUCCGUGGCCCAUCUCUUCAUCGAUGAGACAAGCAGUGAGGUGCUGGACGAGCUCUACCGUGUGUCCAAAGAGUACACGCAGAGCCGGCCCCAGGCCCAGCGGGUCAUCAAGGACCUGGUCAAGGUGGCCGUCAAGGUCGCCGUGCUGCACCGCAGCGGCUGCUUUGGCCCCGGUGAGCUGGACCUGGCCGCCCGCUUUCGCCAGAAGCUGCGGCAGGGCGCCAUGACAGCACUCAGCUUUAGCGAGGUGGACUUCACCUUCGAGGCUGCCGUGCUGGCCAACCUGCUGACCGAGUGCCGGGAUAUGCUGCUGGAGCUGGUGGAGAACCACCUCACGCCCAAGUCCCACGGCCGCAUCCGCCACGUGUUUGACCACUUCGCUGACCGGAGCCUGCUCACGGCCCUCUACGGGCCUGACUUCUCUCAGCACCUCGGCAAGAUCUGUGAUGGACUCAGGAAGCUGCUGGAUGAGGGGAAACUCUGAGAGUCCUGAGCCCAGCAUGGUCCACCUUGGGGAAAUGGCCGACUGAGAAAACCACAGACAACGGUUGGCCUUCUAACC